GGGAAGAGGGACAGGCGAUGUUUCAGAGCAGAGGCAGACCCACUUUAGCCGGGCAUUUCCCUCCAGAGCACGACAGCGUGCCCUACCCCUCCGAGGAUGUCUUAUCUGCUGCUGAAGAAGACAUGGAGCUGGAAAUCGUUAACCAGUUUCUGAUGGCCACUGGUCACAUGACAUCAAGCGGCAAUCCAUCUGGGAGGCAGUGUUUCCUGAUUUCUGGCGAAGGUCUCCAUACUUCGAGAACACCGCAACAUCUUCACAGUUCCACUUCCGAAUCCUCGUACUCUACACAUCCAUCCAAUUCUGUCACUCACACCACGGUUCGCCAGCCUCACGAUGAUACUAGACCCAGUGUCACACUGGACAUGGAUAGCUAUGUCGAAGAUAUGCUGGACCAUGAUUGUUAUAAGAGCUACAUAGAGAUGGCCAAGGAUGACCAUUUAGAUGUUGGAUUUCGAUGCACACAGGCACGUGAGCAAGAUGCCAAGGCCCUCCCAGAACUGUGGGACAGUACAGUGUUCCAGGGCCAACACAAUGAAUAUGGACAAGUUGUUGUCCCCAGUGGCACUCAGACUCAAAGUGUGUUAGAAGAGGAUUUCAAUGCACAGGCUUCUGUCCCUGUGUCAAAGGACAAUCAAUUUCUAAUAAGCGGGGACCCUUCACCUUGUUUGGAAUUAGUGUCUGCUGCAAAAGGGAAACUUGAGGAUGAUUAUUCCAUCACAUGCCCUGAAAUUUAUGAGUAUUUUUACGAGGACCUUGGAGAGGAAAUGGAUGACAAUGCUUUACUUUUCUUGCGUGUGCCUUCCAUGUUCAAGCGUGUGAAACAAGGGAGCCGUCAACCAAGGAAACUUAAUUUAUUGACUAUCAUUAAGUCUUUGGUACAUAAAUACUUACAUCCAACACAGCAAGGUCAAACAGCACUGGUGUCUGCCAGGAGUUCUAACACAUCUGAAAGCACAAAGGCUUUUGGCAAUCCUGACCUUGGAUCACUAAAUAAUGCAUUAGUGAAAUAUUCAGAAGGUGAAGCAAGUCAGACAAUGAUGGAGAGCACCAUGCAGCGAGGGAGAGGACAUUCCUGUCUGGCCCGCACUCGGAGAGAUUUCUGUUUAUUUUGUUUCGCUUGUGCUUCCUGGGCUAUGAAAUCGGCAGCUUCUCACUCAGAUAUGUGGAAAGCUGCAUUGCUGGUGAAUGUCAGUGCCAUCUCUGCCAUAAGGUACUUUAGGACACGUACAAAAAAAGAAAAUUCUAAGUUCUUGGCUCUCCAGGACUCUGGACAAAAAUAACUCUGAGAAGAUGGAACUUUCCAGAAUUCAACUUGUCAAGCUGCAAAA